GGCAAAUUCACAGGGACAACUGAAGUUCCCAGGAAUGAACAGAUUAGGGCUUCUGUUCAUACUUCACUGAUUAGACCAAGUGCCUUGGAUACAACGUAUCUACCUACUACUUACACAACUUCCCACCCACGUUGACUAAUCUCUCUUUCAUGUUCAUUGAUAGACCACAACGCCAAUCCCAUAAACGUCUCCAAAGCCCUUCGCAAAAGGUCUUAUCUCCGGACCCAGUAACCACAGCUUGCCGUGAUCCCCGGACUUAACCCGUCCUUAAACACCACCCAAGAUACAAAACGGCGGGAACAAGCCUUGUACUCUUCAACUCACCCCGUCCCAAGGAAUGGCGUGCUUUCUUGGGGAAGUUUAUCAAAUUCAACGAGACUGCCAAUGCAAGAAGAAAAAAAAACAUGUGCUGUCCACUGCGCACCAACAAACCGAUGGGCGGCACUAGUCCCCGAUACGCGAUAUGACGUGAUUCGCUCCGCGUCUAGCAACAUCAAGCAUCGCUCCAUACACAAGCUCUCCCAGGACCCUCUAAGCCUUCCAUCCGACGUAAAGGCCGUUACCUGUUUGUCCAUUGCCGUUCACGGUCCCGGCUUGCCUCGCAGUUCUUAUCAGAUGUGACGGAUUGGUGGGAUAAGCCACAAUCGGCACUGGUUAGAGGCACCCUUACCUGCCACGAGUUUGGCAUGAACCGUCCACCUUUCUGAUCAGCAGGGUAGGAGAGAGACCGGCAGGGACAGGUGCCGUACCACCAAAAGCCGAAGAAGAGCUCGUCGACUGAAACGGCCAACUGUUUGCGCAAUCCUAUCCAUGUGCUAUGCCAUCCUCUGAUGACCCAUCUUAGCCCACCCUUUCUUGCCAAUCCCACCCCCGCAUAGUUCGGGAGCGGGAUGUCGUGAUCUGGGGUAGAGGACGUACUGCCUUGAAGGGACUGUCGGAAGCUUAUAAGUAGGAGGGUGAUGUCGCGUGUGCUGGAAAGACUGAUCUGAACUCUAUCCAAAGCAAUUCGAGACUUGAGAGUCUGAGAUUGUUUCACCAUAUACACUUCACAGACGCAAUGGCCCCCUCCGCUGUGGAAACUGAGACCACCACGGUCCCCAACAUCGGCACUUUGAAGCUCAACGCCACCACGGGUCCGUACAAGGAGAUUGCCACAACCAAGUUCGAUAAGGAUGCUGAAGCCGGCCUGAAGGGCCACAAAGCCGCCAAGUACCCGCACUACCUUCCAACUUGGAACCCCAACGACAAGUAUCCCCCACUCCAGCCGUUUGAGCAUUACGAGCACGGCAAAGACGCGGACCCAUCCUUCCCCAACCUUCUCCCUGAGAGCACAACCGUCACCCACCUCACCCCAACCAUUGGCACCGAAGUCAAGGGCAUCCAGCUCUCCACCCUCAGCGACGCCGGCAAAGACGAGCUCGCCCGCUUCGUUGCCGAGCGCAAGGUCGUCGCCUUCCGCGACCAAGACUUCCGCGAUCUGUCCAUCGAGCAAGCCCUCGAGUUCGGCGGUUAUUUCGGCAGACACCACAUCCACCCCACCAGCGGCGCGCCAGAAGGCUACCCCGAGAUCCACCUCGUCCACCGCGGCGCAGGUGACAACUCAGUUGACAAGUUCUUCGCCAACCGCACCUCGUCCGUAGCCUGGCACUCCGACGUCUCCUACGAGGCCCAGCCUCCCGGAACCACCUUCCUGUACAUUUUUGACAAGCCCGAAUCUGGCGGCGAUACCCUCUUCGUCAACGCCGCCGAGGCCUACAACCGUCUCUCGCCUGCCUUCCAGGAGCGUCUUCACGGCCUCAAGGCCACCCACUCUGCCCACGAGCAGGCCAAUGCUUCGGCCUUGAGGGGCGGCAUCGUCCGCCGCGAGCCCGUGAUCCACGAGCACCCCAUCAUCAGAACCCACCCCGUCACAGGCGAGAAGGCCAUCUACGUCAAUCCUCAGUUCACCCGUGACAUCGUCGGCCUCAAGAAGGAGGAGUCCGACGUCCUCCUAAAGUUCCUCUACGACCAUCUCGCCUACGGCGCCGACUUUCAAGCCCGUGUCAAGUGGGAGGAAGGCACCGUUGUCGUUUGGGACAACAGAGUUACCCAGCACUCGGCGCUGAUCGACUGGAAGAAUGCCCAGCGGAGACAUCUGGCGAGACUGACACCCCAGGCGGAAAGGCCGUUUGAGACUCCUUAUAAGGGUUGAAGAGGCAACAAGGCGGUCAUGCUGUAACAUCUUUGUCGUUUCUUUUUUCUUGUGUAUGGGUAGCGUGCAUAUCAAUCUCAGACUGAAGUUGAGUCAUCUUUCAAUCAAUCGUAGCAACAGGUUCUCACUCAGACAAAUGGAAUAUCGUCAAAAGCUGCUUCCUGAGUUUCGGACUUAAUUCCCGGCUGUGCUCUGGAUUCUCGGCGCCGUCUUUGUUCUAGUCUUCUAGCACGAAUACGAGAAAGGAAAUCGUUGUC